AUGUCAGAUGAUGAGAUUAAGCAGUUGUACUUAAUGGAUAUAGACAAGAUCUUACAUUCCUAUGGUAAAACCUUGAAAGACUAUCAUCCAAUGCCUUUAGCAACUGAAGUUGAUAAUUCUUUGUUAACCGAAAGGGCUAUAAGGGAAGAGCUAAACUUUAACAGGGAUGAUUUAAAGAAAAAUGCCUCAGACAUGUUAGCCACCGCAACACUUGAGCAGAGAUAUGCAUUCGAUAAAAUUGUUACAGCUGUGUAUUGUGAUGAAGGGGGUUUUUUCUUUGUGUAUGGUCAUGGAGGUACUGGAAAAACAUUUCUCUGGAACCUUAUGUCUGCUGAGAUUCGCUCAAGGGGUGAUAUAGUGUUAAACGUUGCUUCAAGUGGUAUUGCAUCUUUACUUCUUCUCAAUGGAAGAACGGCACACUCAAGGUUCAAAAUACCGCUGAAUAUAACUGAGGAUUCUGUAUGUAACAUCAAACCUGGUUCCCUUCAAGCAAUGUUGCUGUUGAAAGCCAGACUUAUAAUUUGGGAUGAGGCUCCAAUGGUUAGUAGGUACUGCUAUGAAGCACUUGAUAAAUGCUUGGGUGAUAUCAUGAGGUGUUCUCCAACAUAUAGAAAAGAUUUUUCCUUUGGAGGAAAAGUGGUUGUACUAGGUGGAGACUUUAGACAAAUUUUUCCUGUCAUUCCACGAGGAUCGAGACAAGAUAUCGUUCAUUCAACCGUGAAUUCGUCUUACCUUUGGAAGUUUUGUCAGGUGCUCAAACUAACAAAAAACAUGAGACUCUCUGUAGGGACGGCUACUUCAGAUCAAGAUGAGACAGAGCAAUUUGGUGAGUGGUUAUUGAAAGUUGAUGAUGGUCUAAUAGGUGACAAUAUGGAUGGUAAAUCUGAGAUAUGUCUUCCAGGAGAUAUUGUUAUUCCUUCUUUGGACCAUGCAUUUGAUGAGUUAGUUCAUUUUUCUUAUCCAAAUAUUUUGGAAAACAUGUCCUCAAAGGAUUUUUUCAAAGCAAGAACUAUACUGGCUCCCACACUAGAUAUCGUUGAAGAGGUCAACAACCAUCUGAUGGCUAUCAUUCCUGGAGGGAAAAAUUAUAUUUUAGUUCGGAUUCCAUUUGUAUGGAUGAAGGGAAUAUGGAGAGUCAACUAG